AUGGGUGCGACCGUCUCAAUUCCGCGUGCGACCCACGCGCCGCGUUCGAGGCACUCGUGCAUAUCGACGUUGACACCCCGCCCCGACCCCGCUGCCCCAACGACUGUUGAGAACCAAGCGAAAUUGCACUUGCACCAGUCGCCGAUUGCACUUCCGCAGCUUGAGCCGAUCCCAAACACUGGUUGCCUCCAGCUACAGUACGGUGCAGGCCAAGCAAGGGUGUCGCACGACGGGCCCAAUAUCUUUAUCGAGUGGUCGGGCGGCGACGCCUCGAGCUUGACGCUGGGUGAUACGACCUACCGCCCAAUUCAAUUCCAUUUUCACACGCCAAGCGAGCACACGAUUUGCAACGUUCAGUUUCCGCUCGAGCUGCACAUCGUCCACGCAGACACAAGCGGCGCGUUGGCCGUUCUCGGCUUUGCGUUUGUCUACGGCGAUCAAGACAAUACAUUUCUGAACCUGAUCUGGGCGCACCUGCCCCACCUCGGGGCGAACCAAGGCGCCAUUGACAUUGGGAUCAUUGACGGCAGCAACCUCGUGCAGCCACAAGAUGCGUUCUACCGCUAUGCAGGGUCCCUCACGACACCGCCGUUUGUCGAGGGGGUCGAGUGGGUCAUGUGCCAGCAGCCUCGUAGUGUGUCCCCGAAGCAAGUCGCUACGUUCUUCAACGCGAUGCAGACAGCCAACUCGAGGCCACUGCAACCACUCAACGACCGCACGGUCGUGCUCUACGGCCCCACAACGUAG